UGCUGCACGGCGGUUGCUUACCUCUUUUUCAAUUUACUCUAAUCUAGUCAGUACAAAGAGAGAAGGAUCAUUCUCAUGAUCAUCUGCUGCCUUCUCAGCCUCAGCCCUGGUUGUAGCCUUGUGUGUGCCUCUCUCCUGUCUGUGUGCCCUUCCUUCCUUUAAAUCUCUCCCUCUUUAAACCAACCCCCUCUGUUUCCCCCUCCCUCCUCUCUCUCUGCUUCUGGUCCUGCCUGGCACAGCCGGCAUGUUUUAUGAAUGAACAUUGGACCUUCGGGAGAGAGAGAGAGAGAGAGGCUUACGGCUGCAGGAUUUAAAGUCAGCACCGGGACACUGCGGGAACAGCGAGGAACGGGAGCAAUUAUUUUUUUUGAAAGAGAACAAGAGAGGGAGAGUGAGAGAGAAACCUGAGCUGGUGCCUCUUCACCUGGCUGUGGUGUAACCUGAGGGGAGUGCCUGCAAGGAUUCUGAAGCUGAUGACAUUUUGGAGAAGACUUAUUUAAUCCAGUCACCACCUCUUGCGCCUUCCUUGGUCGGGUAUUGCAUUGGACAGCUGCUUUACUAAGAUUCCCUGAACUUGGACGAAUUGCAAGAUGUCAUGGCGGCCUCUAUAUCGCAGCUCAAAGUUCCGUCACGUGUAUGGCAAGCCCGCCACAAAGGAGAAUUGCUAUGAUGGGAUCCCCAUCACCAAGAGCGUUCAAGACAACUAUUUCUGUUCUGUCAAUCCAAAGUUCAUCGCUGUUGUGACUGAGUGCGCAGGAGGUGGGGCUUUCUACGUCAUACCCAUUGGCCAGACAGGAAAAAUAGAUCCGCUUCAGCCAAAAGUCUGUGGUCACAGAGGAAAUGUGCUGGACAUCAAAUGGAGUCCAUUUGACGACUACAUCAUUGCUUCUAGCUCUGAAGAUAGCACAGUUAAAAUAUGGGAAAUUCCUAAAUAUGGAGUUUUAAAAAGCAUAACGAAUUCAAAGUUUGACCUUCAAUCUCACUCGAGACGGGUGGGCCUGAUAGAAUGGCAUCCGACAGCCGAAGAUAUUUUAUUCAGCGCUGGAUAUGAUUACAGGGUUAUGAUCUGGAACCUGAAUUCCGGAGAGCGAUUGAUUCAGAACCCAGUGAAAAUCCUGGACUGUCACAAAGAUGUCAUUCUCUCCAUGUCUUUCAACACAGACGGCAGCCGCUUAGUGACUUCCUGCAAAGAUAAGAAGAUGCGAAUCAUUGACAGUCACACAGGAAAGGUUUUACAGGAAUCCAACUCCAAAUCCCACAGGACCAAUAAAGUUCUGUACCUCGGCAAUUUAAAAAUGGUAAUGUCCGCUGGCUUCUCCAAGUGGAACAAUCGACAAAUUACCCUCUGGGACCAGGAUGACCUAUCUGUGCCUUUACGGGAGGAGGAUUUGGAUGGGUCCUUGGGUGUGCUUUUUCCAUUCUAUGACCCUGACACAUACAUGCUUUACUUGGCAGGAAAGGGCGAAGGGAACAUCAGAUACUAUGAACUAAGCUCUGAGAAACCUUAUCUGCAUUUCUUGAUGGACUUCCGCUCUAUAUUACCUCAGAAAGGAAUGGGUGUAAUGCCAAAGAGGGGCCUGGAUGUUUCUAUCUGUGAAGUCUUCAGGUUCUACAAGUUGGUAACAAUCAAGAGCCUUAUUGAGCCUGUCUCGAUGAUUGUGCCUCGACGGUCUGAAUCCUAUCAGGAUGACAUCUACCCAAUGACAGCAGGAGCACAGCCAGCAAUGACUGCACAAGAAUGGUUAAAUGGUGUCAAUAAAGAUCCUAUAUUCAUCUCUUUAAAGCCUGGUUGCAACAGCCCGCAGCCCUCCCCUCUGAGAAAGGGGAACGAGCAGUGGCACCCACCUGGUCACAUUAAGAAAGAUCAAGAGACAGUGAAUGCAUUUUCAGAAAAAUGGGAACAAAGGAACACAGAGAAAAUACAAGAGCAGAAAAGGAGUCUCAUAACAAAUGGUUAUGAUCUGUCAGAUUGCCCAGCUCCCAAAACAGAGAAUGAGCUUCUACAGAUGUUUUACAGACAACAAGAAGAGAUUCGGAGGCUACGGGAGCUGUUGGCUCAGAAGGAGGUCAGAGUGAAACAGCUGGAGCUUGAAAUUAAAAAUAUACGUUUCAGCCCCAUCAGUUACUGAAGAGGAAACCGAGCGGGAGGGAGGGGGCGUUGGGGAAAGAACUGUGGAAAUGCGGCUCACUGGUAUAGCAAAGCUACCCUGAGAACUUGAAAUAAUUAUAUUUUUUAUUGAAAAAAAGAUUUAAUUUGUAAAACUGUACGUGUUGUACAGGGUGCACUUUUUGGUUUUUUUUAUUUAUCCCUUUAUAUGAUGGUUGUAUAUACACUAAUUUUUUUUAAACCAUACAGUGGCUUUAUAUAACCUCCACUUCUGAGUUUUACAAUCUCACCUUGUUUCAUUUGCUCCAGUGGUCACUGUAGCUUUUACGUGCGGGUAAAAUGUGAACGCCCUUUAAUGGUCACCAUCCAGGUGCUGAUUCGCACAUCUGUCAGGGCUACUGUGAAGGGGGAGGACAUGACAAGUAGUCAGGAUGGUCCAAAAGAUUUGAGUUGAAUCAAGCAAAUGGAUUACUGCCAUGGAAAUCAGUCAGCCUUUUUAUAUAUAUAUAUAUAAGCAUAUUAAAAAAAAAGAAUUGAUUUGCUAAAUUGUUUUAAAAAAAAUCAAGAGUUAUAUUAACUUGGACGAUUAACUUGGCAGCUUUUAGUCUGAAAUAUUGUGUACACCUGUAUGUCCUUGUGCUCGUUUAUUAAUAAUUUUAACGAAUUCAGUUUUUCCCCCCCGCUUUGCUUGCAUCAUGAGAGUUGAACUGUCGAGGUUCUGUGGAACCUGUUCUCUAGCACUGUUGAUGAGCUGUGUGUAUGGUUGCCAGAGACAUGCACCCUUUUUGAAAGGCGUAAAGUUUAUUUAAAACAAAUGUGCUGGAAGUAGUAAACAUUAUGUGAACAUACCUCAGCCUUCCUUAUCGUGUUCAAGGUUACUUUGUUAUAAUCAAGGAAAAUAUCAAUAAAGCAAGCUUUUUAAGGAAAAAAAAA